AAUGAUGACUCCCGAUGACUUCCAAUGAUUUGCGACGUCAAAAUAGGAGUGAAAAAAAAAUCGGAGCAUGUCGUUCAGAGGUGGAUUGAUAUUUAGACGGAUAAAGUGAAUGUGUUUUAUAAAAACAAUUUGCUUUAUCGAGUUUAGUUUAAUUUUCACCACAGUUGUGUUAAAGUGUAUAUGAACUCGUGAGAAGAUAGAUAAGCCUCUUUAAAAUUCUAAUUAUUAUUGUUAUUAUUAAUAAACACACACCAGAUCAUGGCGUCCGCAAAGAGAAAGCAAGAUGAGAAAAACUUGAAAAUGUUACGCGAGCUGGUCUCGCAACCGGGAAAUAAAGAAUGUUUCGAUUGCCGGCAACGAGGUCCAACUUAUGUGAACAUGACAAUAGGAUCUUAUGUUUGCAUGUCUUGUUCUGGAUUAUUACGAGGUUUAACGCCACCACAUCGAGUUAAAUCAAUUUCAAUGGCAACAUUCAAUCUGGAUGAUAUUAAUUUUCUUAAAGAACGUGGUAAUGAAUAUUGUCGAAGUACAUGGCUCGCAUUACAACCACAUAAUGAUUUUAUUUAUGCCGAUUCAAAAGAUGAACAAAAAAUGAAAGAAAUAAUGAUUGAGAGGUAUGAAAUGAAACGAUACUACAUAACGCCGUCUGAAAUUAUAAAAAAAACGAAAACACAAUCCAAAGAAUUGUCGACAAAUUCAAAUUUAACGAGAAUUACAAAUUCUGAAUGUGCACAACCACAAGCAACGUCAACGCCAAAUUCAACAUUAAUAACAGAAACAUCAAAAUCAAAUUCAUUUACUGCGGAUUUUGUUGCUGAUUUUAGUAAAGUACCCGAUCCUUAUCUUCCAACAACGCCAACGAAUUAUAAUCAACCUAUUGUUUCGCAACCUUCAUUCGCUAAUUUUGACAAUAAUCCUAUUUUCAAUUCUCCUAAAGGCACUGGAAGUUUGAAUCAAACGGCUGGAUGUUUAACGCCAAAUUUCAAUGGAAUUAAUUCACCACCAUCGGAAGAUCGUUAUGCAGCAUUAAAGGAUUUAGAUUGUUUAAUGAAACAAGCGCAAAUAAAGGAGGAAAAUCCUCCUGUUGGAUCUACAUGGAAUACAAAUAAUUCCAAUUUGUCAAAUUCAAUUUGGGGUGGUUACAAUAAUCAAGGAUCUCAAGUAAUUUCAAAUCCAUUCACAGCUAAUGAUCUAUGGCGUCCGUCCAAUAAUUUAAUCAAUAAUAAUAAUGUUCAAAUAUCGGAUAAUACACUUAAUAAUUCGGCAAAUCCAUUUAGACAAAUUCAAUUUUCAGUUAAUAACGGCAGUGCGUUUGAUACGCUUUGGGCAUCGAAGGAAUCGCGAAAUAAUGAGGAUGUUAUUCCAUCUAGUCAGCUUAUGACGUCAUUCCCGAAUAAAACGUGGCAACCGUCGGUUGCCGCUUAUCACGCAAAUCCAUUUGUCGUGGGCUCUGGUGACAUGACAAGAAAUUCGAACAAUCCAUUCUUGAGUUAGAAUGAUAAAAAAAAACAAAACAAUCCGUAACAGACUUACGAACAAAAUAAUUAUUGCGAAAAUAAGCUUAGCAUAGGAAAAAAAAAAAUUUGUUUUUUAAAAAAGAACAUGACUUGAUUGGCAAUUAGUACCCUUAGGAGCACCAAUCUCUUCUAUUCAUAAUAAAAUAAGUAAUGCGAUUAUUUAUGAAAAAAAAAUAAUUUUACAAAUUAAAAAUAUUACUAUACUGUUACCAGGUUAUAAUAUAUAUAUAUAUAAAUAAAUAUAUGAAAAAAAAAAAUAUUUCCGCCACUUGCGAUACACGCUUAAUAUGUAAAUUUUUUUUUAGAGCUUUAAAAAAAUUUUUUUGGUGAAUGAAAAAAUUAAAAAAAAAAAAAAAAAAAAAGAAAUUAGUGAACAAAGAAAACAAUUCCGUCGUUUCAUUCCAUCUAUUAUAAUAUCCAUGACAUUAAAAAUGUCAAUUGUACUAUUGUAAUUUAAUAUCAAACUAAUUAUAUAUAUAAAUUAUUCUAAUCGAUAUUUAUAAAAAGAAAAUAAUAAUUGACAACAUCGUUUCGAACAAGAAAGUAUUAAUCUUCUUUAUUAAUAGAUUGGAUUGUAUAAGUGAUUAGAUAAGGGAUCUGACUAGGAAAAAAAAAAUUGUAUUAUUUUUAUAGUGGCGUUUAGAUAAAACAAAAAAGAAAAUCUAUUUUUGCGACUGUUUAAGGCGAAUUUGAAAAUUGUUUUUUUUUUUUUUUUUUUGGAAAGCACACAAAUACUAAAUAAAUUAAAACGACGAAUGUUAAUAGUGCACACUUAAAUAUUUUAUUCGCUUAGAAAUUUUCUAAUAAAUACAAAAUCACAAAUGAA